AUGUCGUACAAAAGAGUGAACACAUAUGUGGACGAAGAGUUUGUGAUCAGUGGUAUGAGUGGUCGGUUCCCGGAGUCUGAUUCCACCGACGAAUUCGCUGAAAAUCUCUACAAUGGAGUCGAUAUGAUUACUCUCGAUAAUAGGCGAUGGAAUCCAGAAUUGUACGGAAUGUGUGGCCGAAUGGGAAAACUAAAGGAAAUUGACAAAUUUGACGGCCAUUUCUUCGGUAUAAUGAACACAAUGGGCGACACAAUAGACCCGCAGUCAAGGAUUCUGUUGGAAACCACAUACGAGGCCAUUGUUGACGCCGGAAUAAAUCCGCAAUCAUUGAGGGGUUCGGACACCGGUGUAUAUAUCGGGUACUCAUCGUUCGGAAUGCCUGACGGCAUACCAGAGGAGACACAACCGGACUCUCAGAGCAAUAUGACUGAGAUCUUGCUUUGGGUUCCCGGAAACUCCAAGUGCUUAUACGCUAAUCGCGUGUCGUUUGUGCUCGACUUCAAAGGCCCGUCGCUUGUGAUCGAUACGGCCUGUUCUUCGUCUAUGGUUGCCUUCAAUGUGGCGAUGAAUGACUUGCGAUUAGGCAAGUGUCGUCAGGCAAUAGUCGGCGGAACUAAUAUAGAUCUUCAGCCGUUCACAAACCAUAUCUUUCAGUCGACUCGACUCAACUCAAAGGACGGCAUUCCCAAAGUGUGGGACGAAAACGCGGACGGCUUUGCGAGAGGCGAAUGUGUUUCGUGUUUAUUCCUGCAACGAAAGGACGAUUCAAAGCGUAUUUACGCCACUAUUUUGAAUAGCGGUGUAAAUAUCGACGGAAACAAACGGAUGGGAAUGUUCUUCCCCUCAUCCGAGAGUCAGGAGGAUCUGAUGAUACAGGUCUACAAAGAGGCGGGAGUGGAUCCGCUCGACGUUAACUAUUUUGAAGCUCACGCCACCGGCACUAAGGUGGGAGACCCACAGGAGGCUAAGGCUAUAUACAACGCCUAUUGUGGUAAACCUAAACGUAAGGGAACUCUACCGAUAGGUCUGUUGAAGAGCAAUAUCGGUCACGCGGAGGGCGCUUCCGGCGUCUCAUCCAUUACUAAACUAUUGCUCGCAUAUGAGAGGGAAUCCAUUCCGUCGUGUCUUCAUCUCAACAAUAUUAAGGGCAAUAUUAAGGACUUUUGUCCACCUCUUGAGCCCAUUAGAGAAAAUUUCAAAUACACUCCGGGCAUCGCUGGUGUCAACAACUUCGGUGUGGGCGGAGUGAACGCACACAUACUGUUUGAACCAAAUUAUAAGAAGAGUGAUGACAACUGUCUGGCGAUCGCCGAAACCAUUCCAAGAAUUGUCAACAUUUGCAGCCGAACUCAGGAAACGCUGAACAAAAUGUUUGACUACAUUGAGAAGAAUCCGCACAAAAUAACC